AACGCGUCCAGGGAAAAUCCAGAACGUACCUUUGAUUUGGUACUGAAAGUAAAAUGCCAAGCUUCUGAAAAUGAAGAUCCAGUGGUACUGUGGAAGUUCCCGGAGGACUUUGGAGACCAGGAAGUGCUGAACAGCGUUCCAAAGUUCUGCUUUCCUUUUGACGUUGAAAGGGUGUCCCAAAACCAAGUAGGACAGCAUUUCACCUUUGUGCUCACCGACAUUGAAAGUAAGCAAAGGUUUGGAUUUUGCCGUCUGACGUCAGGAGGCAAGGUCUGCCUCUGUAUUUUAAGUUACUUACCAUGGUUUGAGGUAUACUACAAGCUCCUAAAUACCCUGGCAGAUUAUUUGGCUAAAGAACAGGAAAAUGACUCAAAUGAUUUGUUAAAAUCAUUGUAUAGCCAUCCUGUGCCAAAGGCAAAUGCUUUAGUCAGUUUAAGUGUGAACCAAGAGAUGAUUUUUACAAGUGAGCAAGUUUUGAAAAAACAGCCUUGUCUUGUAUCGCACUCGUAUUUCAUUACUCCUGAUUUAACUGGAUUGCCAACAAUACCUGAAAGCAGAAACCUCACUGAAUAUUUUGUUGCUGUGGAUGUGAACAACAUGCUGCAACUUUAUGCCAGUAUGUUGCAUGAGAGAAGAAUCAUUAUUACCUCAAGCAAACUAAGCACUUUAACUGCUUGUGUUCAUGCGUCAGCUGCAUUGUUAUAUCCCAUGUAUUGGCAACAUAUUUACAUCCCAGUGCUUCCUCCACAUCUUCUGGACUACUGCUGUGCUCCAAUGCCUUAUCUAAUUGGCGUCCACUUAAGCUUAAUAGAGAGAGUAAAAAGUAGAUCACUGGAGGAUGUGGUUUUGCUAAAUGUUGACACAAACACUCUAGAAACCCCUUUUAAUGACCUGAACAACCUACCUGGUGAAGUGGUCUCGGCCUUGAAAAAUAAACUGAAAAAGCAGUCCACAGCUACGGGCGACGGAGUAGCCAAGGCCUUUCUUCGGGCACAGGCAGCACUGUUUGGAUCCUACAGAGAUGCACUAAGAUACAGACCAGGAGAACCUAUAACUUUCUGUGAGAAUAGUUUUGUGAAGCAUCGUUCCAGUACAACUAAGCAGUUCUUGGAAACUGCUGUUAAUCUUCAACUGUUUAAACAGUUUAUUGAUGGUCGACUAUCAAAAUUAAAUGCAGGAAGAGGAUUCUCUGAUGUUUUUGAAGAAGAAAUCACAGCAGGAGGCUUUUGUGGAGGAAAUUCAAGAUCUUACCAACAGUGGAUGCAUACAGUGAAGAAAGGCGGUGCACUGAUCAACACAGCGAUGACCAAAGCCACUCCGGCUGUGAAAACAGCAUAUAAAUUUGCAAAAAACCAGGCAAGGCAAGGAAUAAAAGAAGUGAAGAGUAAGUUAAAACACAAGGAGAGUGAGGAAGAGUAUGGAACUUGCAGUGCUGGUGCAGUACAGAAUGUUCCUAUCUACACAUCACAUUAUGAGAAAAGAACAAGCUCAGAAAAACGAAGACUGGCACAGACUCGUUUCAACCAGCAUCUCAGUAACCAGGAUUUUGCCUUGGAUGAAGAUGAUGAUGAUGAAAUGGAGAGAACGAGCAAAUUAUCAUCAGAAGACAGCGAAGAAGCUUCUGCUUACUUUUAUGAUAGUGAUGGUUCUGGUGAAACAGGAAUAAUUCCUCAGCAUCAAGGAGAAAUGGACUUGCUUGGGGAGAUCCUGGACACACUGAGCACACACAGUUCAGAUCAAGGAAAACUCUCAGGAGCAAAGAGCCUGGAUUUCUUUAGGUCAAUGGAUGACAUUGAUUACAAGACUGCGAACAAGUCAAAUGCACCUAGUGAGAGCAACCUUACCCUGCUCUGCAGCAGUGCUAAUGAUCAAGCAGAGUGGAACCUCGGCCAGGAUGACAGUGUCCUCCAUGGGAAGCAGCUCCCUCCAUCACCAAGGAAGCAAGUUUCUUCUGGUGGCCAGAGAGAAUCUCUCACAAGGCUGGAAGAAGAAAAGAGUGACAAAACCCUUAUUACUGACAGGAUGGACACCACUAGUAUGACAUCCCCAUCUCCAGUACGACCAAGUGCUCAGUUUACUUCCCUAGAAAGUUUCAAAGCAGGCUAUUCUUCCUGUAAGUAUGCAAAGCAGAACGAAACACUAAGCAAUACCUCAGAAGAUCAGCUCCCAGGAAGUCUUGCUCAACAUCCAUCCGUUCUGGUCCCUUGGGAGAAAGAUGGGAAGGAAGAUGAAAGUCCGGAAGAGGGUGGUCUUCUUCAAGAAGUGGUGUCAUUAUGUAAACUGAGUUCUGCUUUUCACUAUGGUUUAAAUAUUUCAAAGGAUAGCUUGUCCAGCAGUAGCAGUGGAAAUAAAACGUAAGAAAACUAUGAGAAGAGAAACUUGACUCCCAUUAGAAGUUAAAGGGAGACUACUCAGGACUCCAUAUAACUCCAUGUAACAUGAUAACCAAAAGAUGAAAAAGGAAUAAGAGAUCUAAGUUAUGAAAAUAAUUCUCUUCAGUUGAGUAUGCAUUUUCUGCCAUUGGGACAUCUGCUUCUACGUUUACUCAGUUCAUUUGUUGGCUGUAGUUAGGUCCAAAAAAUGAAACUAAAUAUAUGAAUGCACUCUUAAAUCA